AUGGCUGGCGAGCUCGCGGCUGCAAUCGAAGAUGCGCAUGAAUUGGAUGCGGCGGCAGCCGUUUCUAUGGAACGUUUGCAAGUGAAGUACAUGAUCGGCUUACUGGCAGCUGCAAACGAAGAUGCGCAGCAACUGGAAGAGGCGGCAGCGGUCUCCAUUGAGCGCUUGCAAGAAGUUCAUGACCGGCUGACUUGCUUGUUGCUUGCUUCUGUGGCAAAGCAUGGUUCGGGUUGGCGGGUGCGCAUGACCGUCGGCAAGGAGAAAGUGCGCGGUCCGACCAGGCAAUUAAAAGGUGAAGCAGAGAAAGAUUGUCUCCGUCUCACAGGACUUCAGCACAUGUCGACAGCAGAGUUGCAAAAUGCGCGUUUGCACCAGCAGGUUGCAGAGGUUGGCGCCGCUCGUGAGCGAGACGCGCGCUUCAAGGAAGUGGUGCUUGCAGAAAUGCGCAACUGCCUAGCCCUGCAGCAGCCUGGGAAGCGCGCUCGACGUGCGAGAAAUGUGGACUCUGAAAGGGACUAUUCUUUUGCACUUGCAUCUGUCCAGCUGUUGGUGUCUGCUUAUGAAGAUGUGAAAGCUGUGUCGGAGUCCAGUGCGGGGCAGUUGCUUUUGGAGAGGAACGAUAUGUUGGACCAAUUGUCGCGACCACUGGGGACACUGGUUUCUCUGAACCUGUACUACAUACAGGUUUGA